CAGCUGGAGUGGCAUUCGCGAUGUAUGCUGACAUGACGUCAUCUGUUGAUGAUCUAUAAAAUCACUGGCACAUUGCCAGAACACACUAGCUCACCUCACUGGCUACCUUUUACACAGUCCAAUUUGAGAGCUUGUCAGUCACAUGUGACAAUCCAAACAUACAAUUUUUGCCAAAGGAUACUUUGGAUUACACCAAGUGGUUUACUCAUCAAAGUUUGUAUUCCAUCAGAGGACUCUUCUCUUCUCUUCCCUGACGGAAUGAUGGCUCAAUCAACCUCUUCUUCUUCAGCUUAUCUAUACCUUUUGCUCUUUUUCAUCUUGUCCUCACCACUGGUGCAAUCUAACCAACUUGAUUCUCAGAUUUUAGAUGACCUGUUUGCUGUACAUCUUGACUUUGCCAUGCCCAAUGUUGGUGAGGGAUCCACUGAAGAUCAAAUGCCCUCACUAUCGUCAUCACCUUAUUCAUCAUCUUCCUCCUCCUCUCGACAUGGACGGAAUUUAUCAGGGAUGGAGCCACAAGUUGCCAGAGAACGCGAGGCAGAUUCUACCCACAGGUGGCCCCAUCGCCUGAUGGAAUUAAUUGGCCACCAGAAAAAGUUCCGAGGACGAACUAAGAAAAGCAGAAACGGCUGUUUGAGUCAGAACCUUGUUGGAACCUCUGAAGGGGUGAAAAUGAUCAAUCUGAUUGCCAGGGAUGUGGAGUAUAAUGAAGAUAUCAAAUAAGAAGAAAGUGUGGCUACAGAAAGUGAUUUUUCAAAAGAUGAGCAAUGUAAGAUAGGAUGUGUGAGAUAAGAAAUUAAACAUCUUCAAUUACUUCAGGCCAAUGUCACUUGGUUUGUAC